AUGGAAUCAAUAAAAAAUUUUCUAGAAAAUCCUCAAAAAUGGUUGGAUAGAAAAGAGCAAAAAACUUAUGAGAGAAAGGAAAUGAUUAUUGAUAUUGGAAGCGAACAAUACGAAUUACAAAUUUUAGUUUGGGAUAUUUCUUACAAAAAAGAAGCCAAAAUAAUCAAUCUAGCCAUUCAUUUAGAAAAAUUAACUGCUCAAUUAAGUGAUGGUUUAACCAGAACAGAUGCUGAGAAAUGGCUGAUAACCGGCUUAACUACCACUGAUUAUAAAUUUAUUGAUCUUUUAAUCUCUGAAGGAGUAAAAUUUACACAGUUUAACGAUUAUGAUAAUUAUGAAAAAGAAAGAUUAAAAAAACUUUUUGAUGAUCUUUCGGUAACUAACUCAGUAACUUGUGGCAACUGUGCAGGUUUAAACAAAGAUGAAGUUCAAUUAGCGGUUUAUGCUCGAAAUCGAGAUGCUCAAGGAUUUUUAGAUCAAUAUUAUCCUAAAAAUGGAGUCUGCUUGAGUGAUAGUGGAUACAAUAAUAAGGGCAAAAAAAGAUCGGAGAUUACUCAAUUAGAUAUUAGUAAAAAGAAAUUGAUCGGUGAUUUAGAUCUUUCUGAUUUUGUCAAUUUAAGAAGAUUAGCGUGUAAUAGUAAUCAAUUAACAAGAUUAUUCUUGUCUCAAAAUAGUAAUUUAGAGGAACUAUGA